GAUCCUUGGUCACAAACAAUUUAAGUCCAGUUUCUGUGACAUGUUUCAGAAGAAGUAUAGACGAACUCUUGUGGUUGGAAUUGGUCUAAUGUUGAUACAACAAUUAUGUGGAGCUAGCGGCAUCACAUAUUAUUCAAAUGCCAUAUUUAGAAAAUCUGGCUUUCCAGAGAGACUUGGAUCAAUGAUAUUUGGUGUGUUCGUGAUCCCAAAGUCUUUGGUUGGUCUGAUUUUUGUGGAUAGAUGGGGAAGACGACCACUCCUAUUGGCUUCUGCUGUUGGUAUGUCCAUCGGGUCCUUGCUUAUUGGAGUUAGCUUCACGUUACAGCAAAUGAAUGUGCUUCCUGAACUGACUGGAGUUUUCGUCUUCGUAAACAUUCUGGUCUACUUCGGAUUUAGUGCAAUCGGUAUAGGAGGGUUACCUUGGGUCAUUAUGUCUGAGAUCUUUCCGAUAAACAUAAAAGUUUCAGCAGGGACGAUCGUAGCGUUAACAUCAUGGACUAGUGGGUGGUUCGUGAGUUACGCUUUCAACUUCAUGUUCGAAUGGAGCGCACCAGGAACGUUUUAUAUAUUUGCGGCUGUGGGAGGACUGUCAUUGAUAUUUAUUUGGAUGGUCGUACCGGAAACGAAAGGAAAAUCACUGGAAGAGUUACAAGCUUCCCUUACCGGGAUAAACUAAAAUACACAUUUACGUUGUAAUAUAUUAUUAAAAUAUUGUUUAUGAAAAAAAAUAUAAAAUUUAUCUGCAUAUUCUUGAUAGUGUU